GCACGGCAAGCACCAGGCUACAUUAGACAAAAACAUUCGAGCACGCUCCCGUAUAGUUUUUCCCGAUUUUGAUAACGGCAUUUUUAUCUAAUUAAUUUAUUUUCCACUGUGCAUGAGUGAAAUUUGAUAACAAGUGAAUAUUAGUGGUAAAAUAGGAUCUCGUCGGUACUUAAUUGAUAUACUUGCAAGAAUCGAUUUGACAGUCACGAGCAAAGAUCGCAUUUUCGAAAAUUAACAUUAAAAAAUGGCCUCUCGAUUCAGUGGAGCUCUUCAAUUAACAACUUUGGAUGACUUCAUUACUCCGUCUCAGGAAUGUAUCAAGCCUGUAGAGAUAAAGAAAAACAAAGUUAAGACUGGUACCAAGAUUAAAAUCCAAGAUGAUGGUACUUAUACUGAAGUUUUGGAAGGAGGACCAACCACAAAAUUGGAAAAAGUUGAAAUUACUCUAGCUGAUUGUUUGGCUUGCAGCGGCUGCAUUACGUCAGCUGAGAGUGUUCUCGUUACUCAACAAAGUCAGGAAGAGUUGCUGAAAGUUUUUAAAGAAAAGAUGGACAAGCAAAAAGCUGGAGAAUCAAACUUUAAACACAUUGUAGUAAGUUUAUCUAUUCAACCUAUACUCUCACUGGCAGAGAGGUAUAAACUAAGUCCAGAUGAAACAGCAUUGAAGCUUUCUGGUUAUUUUAAAAGCAUGGGCGCAGAUGUUGUAUUGGAUAUGACAGUAGCUGAAGAUUUUUCAUUGAUUGAAUCUGCAAAAGAAUUUGUUGAAAGAUAUAAGGCAUCAAAAGAAGGUUCAAAAAAUCAAUUGCCAAUGCUUGCAUCCUCGUGUCCAGGAUGGGUUUGCUAUGCUGAAAAAACUCAUGGAAAUUUUAUACUUCCAUACAUUGGUGUUACAAAAUCACCUCAACAGAUUAUGGGAUCACUGGUAAAAUAUCACUUUGCUGAUUUGAAAGGAUUGUCUCCUGAGCAAUUAUACCAUAUUACUCUUAUGCCUUGCUAUGACAAAAAACUAGAAGCUUCAAGAGAGGAUUUUUAUAAUAGUUUGAAGGAAACCAGGGAUGUAGACUGCGUUAUAACUGCAAUUGAAAUUGAGCAAAUGUUGACUCAACAAGGAAAAGAAUUGAACGAUUUUGAUGUAGCCGAAAUAGAUAAACCUUUCCAAGAACAGGAUCAAGAAAAUAGUACUAUUUUAUUGGGUCAUAAAGGCUCUGGUUCAGGAGGAUAUGCAAAUUUCAUAUUUGAAUAUGCUGCAAAAAAUUUAUUCCAGUUACCAAAUGCUAAGUUAGAGCUCAAGUCACUUAGAAAUCCAGACUUUCAAGAAGCUACUCUGGAAAAAGAUGGUGAAAUUUUACUUAGGUUUGCUGUAGCUAAUGGAUUCAGAAAUAUUCAGAAUCUUGUUCAGAAACUCAAACGAGGAAAAAGUCCUUAUGACUAUGUUGAAGUUAUGGCUUGCCCCAUAGGAUGCUUGAAUGGAGGAGCACAAAUUAGGAGUCAAGAUGGCGCGCAACCAAGAGAACUAGCUGCAAAACUGGAAAAUGAGUACCAUAAACUUCCACAUAUUGACCCUGAAUUAAAUCCUACUGUUCAAAAGUUAUAUAAAUCCUGGUUAGACAGCGAAAAUUCUGACAAAGCUCAGUCAUUCUUCCAUACUCAGUAUCAUGAAAUAGAGAAAAUGAAUCCUUCUAUAUCCAUAAAAUGGUGAUUUUUCAAUAUGAAGCUUAUGUUAGAUACUUUUAGUUUUAAAGUAAUUGUACAUACGCAAGGAAGGGAAAAUGUAUAUUUAAAUGAUUGUAUGAUACAACUGUAAAUAUAAUCACAAUGAAAUAUGACUUUUAAUAAAUAUAUAUUUACAAAAUAAUACAGGUUGCAUCCAAUAAUUUUGAAUGCAUAUAAAUUGAUAACAACUUUUGAUAUUUAAAAAAACAGCAAAUUACUAAAGCCCUGUCAUUUUUCAAAUUCUUUUCAAGUGAGCUAUUGCUUAAUUAAUUUCAAUUCAACACUCUUCAGAAUAAGUUACUAAUCGACUUUCCAUAACAUUCAAUAUUUUUAUUUCUAUACUUCACUUUAUAAAAAUUGAUGAUUAUUUUUCAAUGUAAUGCAAGUUCAUUUUUUCUAUUCUUUAUUGCUAAUGUUAGUGGUGAUUUCAUACAUUUGAUUGUAAUUAUAUGUGAUUGAAACACAUUGUAAAUUCUAAGUAUGAAUAAAAAAUCACAUUGAUAACAAUUUAAAAAGGUGUAAAUAUUUCAAAACAAAUUUGCAAAGAUCUUCUCACUCUUAUUACCCUAUAAUUAAAUGUGUUAUCAGUACUUUCAAGUAGAAAAAAUGAAAAAAUGUCACAAAUAAAAUAAUGACUUAAGAACUGUCAAUUCCAAGUUUUGUAUCAAUCACCUACAAGAGGUGUAACUUAAUUAAUAAAUGGUAAUACACAUAGAAAUCUACAUGAAUUACU